ACCACGGAAAUAAGUGAGAUCAGACUCACAGACUCAGAGCAGAGUCUCAGUGCCCACCCAGCUAGAGGAAGUUGUCGGAUUGAGUCGUCGGAAUGGGAAGUGUUGGAAGAAUGAAGUUGGGUUCUCAAGGACUAGAGGUGUCGGCCCAGGGAUUGGGCUGCAUGGGCAUGUCCGCCUCGUACGGCGUUCCGAAGCCAGAAGCAGACAUGAUCGCUCUCAUCCACCAUGCCAUCAACAAUGGCAUCACCUUCCUUGACACCGCCAACGUCUACGGCCCCUUCACCAACGAAAUUCUACUUGGGAAGGCUCUGAAAGGGAUGAGAGAGAAGGUUGAGUUAGCAACGAAGUUCGGGAUAAACUUCAUCGGCGACUGGAAGGUAGAUAUUCGAGGGGAUCCGGCGUAUGUGAGGGCAGCCUGUGAGGACAGCUUGAAGAGGCUUCAAGUCGAUUGUAUCGAUCUCUAUUAUCAGCACCGGAUCGAUGCCCAAGUUCCCAUUGAAGUCACGAUGGGAGAGCUCAAAAAAUUAAUUGCAGAGGGAAAGAUAAAAUAUAUAGGACUAUCUGAGGCCUCUGCUUCAACAAUCAGAAGAGCACAUGCUGUGCAUCCAAUAACAGCUGUGCAAUUAGAGUGGUCAUUAUGGACAAGGGAUGCAGAGAAAGAGAUAAUUCCUACUUGUAGAGAACUUGGUAUAGGAAUUGUCGCAUACAGUCCUCUAGGAAGAGGCUUUUUUUCAUCAGGGCCUAAGGUUGUUGAAAAUUUUGGUGAUAAGGACUUCCGGAAGAUUCUACCAAGGUUCCAGCCUGAGAAUCUUGAUCAUAACAACUAUGUAUUUGAGAAGGUAAAUGAUAUUGCUGUAAGAAAAGGAUGCACUCCAUCUCAACUUGCAUUGGCAUGGCUCCAUCAUCAAGGAAGUGAUGUUUGUCCCAUACCAGGCACCACCAAGAUUGGAAACCUCAACCAAAACAUUGGAGCUUUAUCCAUAAAAUUAACUCCAGAAGAAAUGAUUGAACUUGAGUCUUUAGCUUCAUCAGAUGUUAAAGGUGACCGAUACCCAAACAAUUCAUAUACUACAGUAGGAGUGGAGACACCAGAUCCAUCUUCAUGGAAGGGUGAAUGAAGCUAUAUGUGCUUUUAUCCUUAGAAGGCUUAGAUUGGACAUGCAUUCAGUACAAAGACCUAGAUUAUUACCAAGGAUAUGUAAUCUGAUUCAUUAGUUUAGUUGGCUUAACCUCAAAGUUUAUCAAUAAGUUGAUGGGCACUAAAGUUCUGAGUUAGUUAUUAAAUUCUGUGUUUCAGUUUCUUUUAGCAUUUCUACCAUCAUCUUUAAUCAAUAAUGUAUUUGAUUUUAAUCC